UCGGAAUCGGAAUCAGAAAAUUGUAAACCAGAAUGAGCAAUGGACGUGUGCGUGCGCGCCGUAGUUCCAUAAUCUCAUCAUUGUGUGAGUGUGAAAAAUAUAAUAUUUAAGAUGGUUUUAGACAACAGAACAAAAAAUAAUUAUCACAGAGAUAAGUGGAUCCGGAAGAUAGAGAUUUACAAAAAUAAAUACAUAUUUGAAAAGUUUUGGUGUUGAAGUAAAUAGUCAUGAAAAUAAUGGCAUAAAUAUAAUUUGUACAUAAUAUAAAGUGGAAAAUGGGAAAUUGUGCCGCGACAUAAAUCUACAUACAUACAUACAUACAUACCAAAUAUAAACGGAAGUGUGAAAAUGCAUCUGUAUGAUUUUCUUGAAUGUGGCUUGCUAUCCCUGAGUAUACAUACUUUCAUACAUAUUAAGCAGGCGUGAAUACUGCACAAGUUACGAAAAGCACGCUACCUCCGGCCAAACGCCAGAACUUCCAUUAACUUGUUCAAUCAAUUAUAGCGAAACCAACAAAAAUAAAAUACUUUAAUUCCAAAACAACAUAUGUAGUUACAUCAAAUAAACCAAAGCAACAUCAAACAUAUCCAUCCGAUUGCAAUUCUAAUAAAAAUUAAGUCGUAAAUAAAUGCAUACGAAGAUAAAAAAUUUAAUUAUUUACGAUAGUAAAAAUUCUCUUAUAAUGCAAAGUAUACGUACUUUUGUAAGCUAUUAAUCAUUUAAUAAAAGUUUCUAACUUGCUACAAAAUUUAAAAGUAUUAUCCACUCUUUAUAAAAUAAGUAGUAUUGCUACAAUUUCGGCAACACGUAAGCAUUUAGUAAAGAAACAAUGGAUUGGGUUAUUCAUGAUGAACUCGGCAUCACUGUCGGUCAUGUGGCCAGUGGAGCCGCAGCAUCUGCUAUGGUAAUUGGCGGUGUUAUACCUUAUGUACCGCAAUAUUUGGAAAUAAAGAAAACACAAGAUGCAGACGGAUUUUCGCUUCACGUUUGUCUUGCGCUAUUGAUUGCAAAUUCCUUAAGGAUCUUUUUCUGGUUUUCCAAGCAAUACGAGCUUCCGCUUCUUGUUCAAAGUGUUGUGAUGAACAUAACCAUGUUCCUUAUGAUCCAUUUAUGCGUUAAAGUGAAAAGAAUGAAUGCUUCAAAUAGGGAACUCACUUUUUCGGCCGAUGAUCUGCGUCUACCAAAAGUAACGACCGACACUGAUACUGCAGGUUCAGUUUCCACAGAUGCCGGCGUUUUGAAACGUGCUCGCUCGAGGCACUAUUUAAACGAUCUCGAUUACAAAUAUUUUUGGAAUUGGAGCGAUUUUCAAUCGUAUUUAGACUUUAUGCUCGUUGUUUGGGCAAUCGGGGCAGCUAUCACAUAUCUAAUGUUAUCAAUUACGUGGUUUAUGGAGGCGGUUGGCUUUUGUGCCGUUUUCACAGAGGCUAUGUUAGGAGCGCCACAAUUUCUACGAAACUUUAAGAAUAAAUCAACUUAUGGAAUGAGCAUCCAAAUGGUCAUCAUGUGGACGCUAGGUGAUAUGUUUAAGACUGGCUAUUUUAUUGUUAGGGAAUCUCCAACACAAUUUUGGAUUUGUGGAACACUUCAGGUUAGCUUAGAUAUUGCAAUUCUUCUUCAAGUGUGGUUCUAUAGGAAGAAUACCAAGGCACGAGAUAUGCGUCGCGGAGAUUAGCAGUUUGCCCCCGAAGAACAACCACAACAAACACAAAACAAUCCACAUGAUAUUCACACUCAAACCAAUACCACGGACAUCAACCAAUCUCUCGCUAUAAGUCCCACAAGUAGCGGAGAUGAUCAUCUACUGACCGCAAAUGCCGAUAAUGAACAUUUUAACGACUAUGGAAAUACCGUAUAUAAAAAAUAUCAUGAUAACAGAGCCUUCCAAUAUCACCACAAUAAUAAUACACUUUCGAAACUAAAAGGGUUAUCCAAUGUCAUGCCAACUGACGAAAACUACGCAUUAGAUGCCGUGGUAAUUGUCAAAAAUUCCAAUGGCAUACUGAGAAACUCAUCCAGUCGAUCGAAAUCUGAUUUUCCAAUUGAUAUGGUGUCCGUGACCGCGGAAGCUGAUGGCAGAGCACGUCGCAGAUGUCGGUGUCAACACAAUGAUGUAGUGCGGCAGCGUCAUAACGCUACACAAACACCAGGCUCUAUACUAAACUGCAGUCAAUUGAUAAAUUGUCACAGUCAUAGCGCAUCAAUUAAUUGUUGUGGAAAUAGAAAAUCUACUGACUGUUGCAGCCUAAUAAGUAGUGAUUUAAAAUCCGGUGAAAUGACUUCUCACUGCCACAUCACACAUCAUUGUCACCAUUACUCCCCGGGUAGUGGUAGAGGCGGAGAGAAACGCACCAAAAAGCCAUGUGGGUGUAAUAAUCGAAUAAAUAAUCGACAUCAUCAUUCGCACCAUCAUAGACACCGGCAUCACCGCUAUCGUUACUUGCAAUCGGAAUAUCAGCAACAGGAUAAAGGCCUCCGCCAACUUCCAGGUUAUAACAGUAAGUCUUCCUUUGAUUCCAGUGAUGAUCUACAACAAUCUGGCCUUGAAAAUCCGCAAGAACGCUUGCAAGAGAUUGCAAUUGAAAUUGAUGCAGCCACAUUGACUGAAGAUAACACAAGCACUGCCACCUCAAAUUUUGCGUAUAAAAUGGCGAAGGCUAACAUAGCGCCGAUAAUAAUGGCGCCAAUACACGAUAACGAUGAGGAUGACAAGAAACAACGGAGAAAAUAUCAUGGUCAUCGAAGUGAUUCCAUAAACUCAAGCAGCACGGGGGAAACUGAUGAAUUGUCUCAUAGAAUUUGCGGUGUGAAACAUAAGAAGACAGAUUGUGAUAACACUCCAAUUUGGACUGAAUCUAAUACCGAUAGACAUGAAGUCACUAUUACACCACACUUAUCAUGCUGUAAGGACUCUCAGUGUCGGGCCAAGAGCAGAGAGGCUAACAAACUCGAUGCGGCGCAUAACGAAUGUGUUAGAAUUCAGCGCAAACAAUUCAAGGCAAGUGGAGCAGAUGAAUGUUGCAGCACUUGUUCACAUUGUUCAGAAUGUUCCUGCCAGAAUGCAGAUGCCACUAGUUGCAGUAGUUUUGAUGAAUUGGAUGCAGACGACCAUGAUGAGGAACGACGGAUCGCACCCCAUGAACUAGUGGUCUCAGCAGAAUGUCAUCGCUGCAAUUUUCAUCAUGCAUCCACAACAUCAACUGGAGAUGAAGCAGAAGAGGAGGAUGGUGGUGCAGAAGAUAAAUUGACCGCAAAAAUUACCAAGCAUGCGGAACGAUCCAUGCAGGAUAACAAUGCUACGGACAGUUCUGCGCAUACGAGUCGAAGAAGCAGUGCAAGUUAUUGCUCCUGUCAUUCGAGUAGUUGUUAUUGUUGUGAAUGUAAUUGCACAGAUGUUGUUGAGGACGACGGCGACUCAACAACUGGUCAGAUGCUUACCGCGAGGGACCAGCCCUGCACAGCCUUAACAUCGACUACCGAAUAUGAUGCAGAACACUCAAGUACAUUGACACCAUUAACAAAUGCUUCAUCUGCUGUGUCAACACCUGGUGCGGAAGACGCUGACGUCACCCUUCGCAGUUUGACCAAUACUUUAGCCGAGGACAUUUGCUCCUCUCCGAGCCAAUCUGCAGAGUAUUUCUCACUCUCUUCCAACAAUCAGCAAAGCCAUUUUUCUCCUACAGAAACUCCUACUCAUAGAGCAAUAAAGACACCAAGCGAAAUCAACACAGCCGAAAAUUUAUCUAAAUGUAAUUUAGAUAAAUCGGUUGAUUUAGGAGGGCUUGGUAAAAAACCAUGCAAACACUACACCAAACAUCAUCGUCAUAAACGCCCGACUUCUCCUCUGGAUUGCUAUUUAUGACGAAGUGUUUCGCUGGUCGCGUGGCCAGCGAUCGAUGUGAACUCGCUCCUUCAGCAAACUAUAAGAAAGACGGCCGUUCUACACGAACCUCCAACGGCGCGGCCAAUAGAAACACAAGGGUCGGAACUACAACACCGAAAGGGUACAAGACAUGGAAGCAAUGAUAGUUCCUCGGCCACGUUGACCCCAUCAAUUACAACAAUUAUCAAAUACCCACCUAUGAACAGUGCAGCUGGUAGUUCUACAGCAUCGGCCACACCUCAGCAGAUAUCACUACAAUCGCUAAACGCUGUCUCAACCGUCACGGCCAUUUGUGGCAGUAACGGCGCCUCUGUGGUAACUACCGCAUCAGCACCCAGUAGUGGUCGAGUGAAGCGCACUUCCAAAUUUUCACCUGCUUCUACUGAAGCCUUCAACUGCGACCCUAUACUCUUUGGUCAGGAACGCCGAUCAACCGAAAUUAUCUUAUAGCCAUGUGGCAAGAAUGGGGGAUACAAACCAAGAACUAAUGCCUAGAGUGCCAUACUUAUCUGAACUUUCGCGGUCUGAAAAGAUUAUGUCUCGGCUGGCUCUAUUUAAAUACGACCAUGUUAUACAUCUUGUAGUUUAAAUGACGAUUAUCUAUUAGUUUCUUUUUGCAAGCUUGCUAGUCACUGUUUUGAAAUAUUUAGUUGGGCUGAUCACUUUGUUGUUCAAACACAUGUACAUGAUUAUCAUAUAAAUCCGAAUUUUUUUUAACACUUUACAAUGCCUAUACAAAACGGAAGAUUUGAAAAAAUAUAAAUUCUGAAAUUCGGCAUUCUGUGUGAUCAUCUAACAGUUGAUCUUUUACACACCUUAUCUAUAUAUUUAUUUGAUAUUGGCGUGAAUAUUCAUGGAAUUGACAUAGAGAAUCUAUAGAAAAAUCAAAAUUACCAUAUUUUUUUACAGGUAUUUAAGACUUGAAUGAGUGUAGGAAAGUUUACGUUUUCCUCAUUUUAUUGUGUGAACUGGAACUCUUGUUUCUAGAGUUUAUGAAACUAGAAAAUUUUCGUUGUUUCUCGGGGGUUCAACUGUAAUUUAUUUAAAUUAAGUAACUAUGUAUUUGUAAAUUAAUGUAAAAUAUAUUUAGAAUGUAUGAAAAUAGCUCUUUUUAUAAAAUUUAGUUUUAGUUUUAAAAUAAGUGUUAUACAUUCUAAUAAAAAUUUACAACUUACA